AUGGGUAAACAGAACAUUGUUCAUUAUCAAUUGGAGCAUGGAGAUUAUAAGACUGAUUUAGUCACUACUCCACCUCCACAAGAUGAAGAAUCAGAAGAAGAACAACCUCAAGUUAAAACUUUAAAAAGAUCGCUUCAUCAUCAUGAUAAUUUCCCUUUCACUUUAUCAAAAGAUUCAACUUUAAAUGAUUUUUUAAAUAAUAAUCGAUAUUUUGUUGAUUCCGUCAGACAUAAUCAUGGAGAUAUCAUUUUUGAAACAAAUUCAAAAGGGCAAUCUCCUCAUACUUUAUGGGUUGGUUGUAGUGAUUCAAGAUGUGGUGAUCAAUGUUUAGCUACAUUACCAGGGGAAAUUUUUGUUCAUAGAAAUAUUGCCAAUAUUAUAAAUGCUAAUGAUAUAAGUUCUCAAGGGGUUAUACAAUUUGCUAUUGAUGUUUUAAAAGUUAGGAAAAUUAUUGUAUGUGGUCAUACUGAUUGUGGUGGUAUUUGGGCUUCAUUAUCACUGAAAAAAAUUGGGGGUGUAUUAGAUUUAUGGCUUAAUCCAAUUAGACAUAUUAGAGCUUCUAAUUUACAAUUACUUAAUCUGUUAAAUUCAAACCCCAAGGAAAAAGCAAGAAAAUUAGCUGAAUUAAAUGUUAUUGCAUCAGUUACUGCGUUAAAAAGACAUCCAAGUGCUUCAAUGGCCCUUCGAAAUGGUGAAAUUGAAGUUUGGGGAAUGAUGUAUGAUGUUGCUAGUGGGCUUUUAUCAGAAGUUGAAAUCCCAGAUGAUGAACAUGAAGAUUUAUUCCAUGUUAUGGAUGAACACUUGACUGAUGAAUACAAUCCUUAUUAG